AUGCCAGAGCUAGAGGCAAACUCCCAGGACAACUUGACUCCUGUCAAUGAAUUCGGCCAACCGGUUGGGUUUGCCGUGACAGGUUGGAGUCCUCCGCCGUUCCCGCCCCAUUCUACCCUGGUAGGCCGCUACUGCCAACUCGAGCCAUUGAACGCAGCCCGCCACGCUCGAGACUUCUGGGACGCUCAGUCGGACGACCCGAAAGGUGCGAGCUGGACGUACAUGCUCAAUGGACCGUUCGCCACCUUCGAAGAGUUCGAAGAGUACUGCUUCAGCACGGAAAAGGCUCGUGAGCCGCAGAUCUACGCCAUCGUCGUGGACGGCCACGCCGUCGGAAUGAUCGCGUACAUGCGCAUUGACCCGAGCCACGGUGUGAUGGAGGUCGGACGUAUCUACUAUACGUCACGGCUGCAACGGACCCGUGCGGCAGCCGAAGCCAUGUACCUCCUCGCUGCGAAUGCCUUCAAGCUCGGGUAUCGUCGUUACGAAUGGAAGUGCGACAGCUGCAACCUACCGUCACGCAAUGCGGCGACGCGAUUCGGCUUCACGUACGAAGGGCUGUUCCGCCAGGCGGUUGUCUACAAAGGCCGCAACCGUGACACGACGUGGUUCUCCAUCAUCGAUCAAGAUUGGAACGCCGAUCUGAAGAAGGCGUACGAGCGUUGGCUCGAGCCGAGCAACUUCGACGAGAAUGGUCAGCAGAAGCUGAAGUUGUCUGAGCUGACAGCGCCGUUCGUGCAUGCCACGUCGUAG